AUGGCGAUAGUCAUGGAUACUAGCCGGAGGUCGCCGGAGAAGGACGACUCGCAAGUACCAACUACUUCUUCUUUUGAUGCGAGUGAUGCAAGAUCACAGAUAAUUGAAAUCACGCCGAUCGCCGAAACCCGAUGGCAGUAUCUUCGUCGAUACUUCACCACUUGGGAGGGAUGGGUCGGCAACUAUGACUAUGUCUAUCUCAUCACUCCAAAUAUCUGGCCCCUCAACAAACGUUACAAGGACUAUGAAGCACCGUUUUAUGGGUUAAAUGACGAAGUGCCGAUCUUUCUCACAAUUAUCUUAGGUCUGCAGCAUGCCUUGACGAUGAUAGGAUCUAUAGUGUCACCACCUCUGGCAAUUGCAAGUGGUGGCUUCUAUCUCAACUCAGAACAAAGCCAGUACCUUGUCUCGGGGGCAUUUAUAACCACUGGUAUUGCAACGGCUCUUCAAGUCACAAGGGUUCAUUUGACCAGAACGCCGUUUUAUAUUGGAACCGGUCUACUCUCUGUAGUAGGACCCACAUUUGACAUCCUUGCCAUUGCUUUUAGCUAUGCUGACAUGCGCUACUCAAAUGGUACUUGUCCGACAUCAUCAGAUGGGUCAAAAUUACCCUGUCCUGAUGCUUGGGGCGCGAUGCUAGGCACGAUGCUGUGUACGGUCUGGAUUCAAAUAUUAUUAUCAUUUGUUCCACCGAAGACUUUGAACCGAAUAUUCCCAAAGGUCGUGACUGGCACGCUUCUUUUGCUGGUUGGUGUUUACUUGAUAUCUAGUGGCAUGGAGAAUUGGGGAGGAAGCUCAAACUGUGAUGGUGGAACAGGCUAUUAUCGCCUCUGUCCAAAUACUGCAGCUCCAAGACCACUUCCAUGGGGAGACGCGAAGCUCAUAGGUCUCGGGUUUAGCGUUUUUAUUACAAUAAUCAUCGUCGAACUUUUUGGGUCUCCACUCAUGCGUUCCGCAUCUGUUGUCUUCGGGCUGGCAGCUGGAUGCGCAAUAUCAGGUGCAACGGGGUAUUGGUCGCGCGAUAACAUUGACGCAGCUCCAGUGGCUACAUUCCUUUGGGUCCACACGUUCAAGUUGUCUGUAGAUGGAUCUCUGGUUCUCCCGCUGUUGAUCAUGUUUGUGUGCGAAGCUGUGAGCUGCAUGCCAGACAUAUUAGCCACUGCUGAAAUAUCUGGUGUUGACAUUAAUGGAGUUGAAUUCAACAGUCGGAUUCAAGGUGGCAUCUUAUGUGAUGGCCUUGGGAGCCUGAUAAGUGCGCUUGGUACAGGCUUGCCCAUGGUUAGCCAAGCAGGAAACAAUGGUGUCAUCUCCUUGACCAGUUGUGCUAGUCGGAGAGCAGGGUGGUGUGCCGCUGCCUUCCUCAUAAUAAUGGGUAUAUUUGGCAAAUUCGGUGCAGUAUUUGGCUCGAUGCCUCCAUCCGUGCUUGGUGGAAUGCAAGUGUUUCUCUACAGCACGAUCACGGUUGCUGGAGUGAGAGUAUUGAGUCUGGUUGAGUUUACUAGGCGAAAUCGAUUUAUUCUAACAGGAGCACUUGGUAUCGGCUUCAUGGACAUCGUAUCCCCAAGUUGGUUCGAUAAGAUCCUCACCUAUAACAAAUCAAAUGUCUCCUUGAAAGGGUUCGAGGAGGGCAUUAAUCUUCUUGUGGAAACACCAUUCAUUGUGGCUGCGAUUGUCGGCGUUUUGUUGAAUUUAAUUCUUCCGUACGAUGUGAAGAAUCCAAAGCAAGAUCCCCUUGACCGAUCAACGCUGCCCAGCUAA